UUAGUUAAAAACCCAAAGCUUAUACCUGUCUUUGUUCUUGUUCAUCUUUCAAUUACCCCGCCAUUCGAAUCAAUCAAUCAAAUCUAAAAAAAAAAAAAAAAAAGGUAUGUUUACCCUCCGAAUCCACACCGAGAGAUCCCCACAACGAUUAUACUUAACACAAGUAACCACCAGCGCGGCGGUGACCAAAUCGAUUACAAACCCUAAAACAAAAACUAAUAGUAAUGAAAAGGAAAAAGAAAAAAGAAGAGUUAAAAAUUCCCCCAAUGGAAUUGAAUGGCGAAGUUCAUUUGUUUAGGAACUUACCGUUCAAAUCGUCAUCGUCGACGUCAUCAUCUCCUCCGAUCAUGACCCUUUGGAAUGUGGCUACCCGGACCACGCAUGUGUUUAUCCCAGCUGUUCCUAAUUAUGUCUCUUAUCAAGAUUUUAUCGCCUUUUGUGGCUCCCAUGUUGAUCACUUUUCCGAUUUAUGUUUCAUCAGGAAUGAUCCGGUGGAAGAUCGAUAUAGUGUGUUGAUUGAGUUAGUUAAUCAAGUAUCUGCUGAUGGGUUUUGUCUUCGUUACAAUGGAAAGCGAUUUAGUCCUUCUGAGACUGAUCUUUGCCAUAUAUACUUCGCACAGUCAGUGGAGUACACAGAUCUCGCAGAGGAAGCAACUACCCCGCAACCAGGAUAUACGGAAUUACCUACUUGUCCUGUUUGUUUAGAGAGAUUGGACUAUGACACAAGUUCAAUACAGAUUACGCUAUGUGACCAUUCGUUUCAAUGUCCAUGUAUUUCGAAGUGGGCCUGCUUGUCUUGCCAGGUUUGCCGACUUCUUCAACAGCAAGAUGGGAAACCGACAUGCGCAAUUUGUGGGACAUCUAGCAAUCCGUGGGUCUGUUUGAUAUGUGGUUUUGUAGGAUGUGGAAGGUAUGAAAAAGCGCAUGCUGUGGAGCACUAUAGUCAUGCACAACAUUGCUAUUCACUUGACCUAGAAAAACAGCAAAUUUGGGAUUAUUAUGGUGAUAAAUAUGUUCACCGUUUAAAUCAGUCGAAAGUUGGUAGCAAGUCAACUGUGACAUGUCAUCAAACAAGUGAAGGGGAGUGUGGUGAUAAAGAGGAUGCUGAACUUGGUGGGGCACUAUAUAGCAGCAAACUUGAUACAAUUCUGGUUGAGUACAACUUUCUUCUGGCAACCCAUAUGGAGACUCAGCGGCUACAUUAUGAAGCACUACUUGCGGAGGCGAAAAGUCAAAAGGAGAGAACCAUAGCUGAAGCAAUAGAGAAAGCUGAAGUUGAAAAGAUACAAGAAAUUCAACAUAAACUGGAAGAACUUGCCAAAGACACGAAAUCUGUUUCUGAUAUUAAUGAAGAUCUUGCUAAAGAACAAGAACUUCUGAAGAAAAAGUAUAAGGAAAUUCAGGAGAGGGAGACUGCAUUGCUAAAAAUGAAGGAUGAGAAAAUACUUGAUCUUGAAGAACAGAUUAGAGAUUUGAGAAUUUUCGUGGAAGCCCAAAAAACACUGGCAGCGUCAAGUGAGGAGAUAAAGGGGGGUACACUUCUGCCACUUCAGUCAACUCCAGACAGUGAGAAGAAGAAGAACAAAAGGCGGGGCCGAAAGCGCAACUAGACCGUCAAGCAACUAUAUGCAACUUAAGUUUUAUAUGGUCUAAAACACUACUUGUUUUUAUAGUUUUUAGAUUGGUAUUUUGUUUCAUAUUGUAGAUUAGAGAUUUGAGAGUUUGUGGAAGCUCAAAAAACACUGGCAGUGUCGGGUGAUGAGAUAAAGGGGGGCACACUUCUGCCUGUCCAGUCAAAUCCAGCAAGUGAUAAGAAAAACAAUAGAAGGCGAGUCUGGAAACUCAACUAGACCUUCAAGGGUUGUGUGUACAUAAAGAUAAAGGAAGUAGUAGCUGGACUAGAUAGAUAAAGAUAGUGGUUAAUGUGUAGCAUGAUUAUUCUUUAACCCAUAAAUUCAAUUUAAGUACUCUUUGUUUCUUACCA